AAAAAUGAAAAUGUAAUUUAUUCAAUGUCAUAGUUAUUUAAUUAUUAUUUAAAAACAAAUUUUAUAAUUAAAUUGAAAUUUAAUUCUGCAUUAAACAAUAAUAAUGUGAUAUUGUGAAAAAUAUUAACACGUCCUUGAUGGACGUGUUUUUUUGUGGAAUGUAAUUUUAAAAACUCCUAUAUUCAAAAAGUGUUUUGUGGUUAUAAAGUAUUUGUAUAUGAUAAUAAAAAAAUUUUUACAUAGAAAUGAAUUGACUUUUACGUAAUUACUAAAAAUAAAUAAAUUGGUUUUAUUUUAAAAACGAUAAAAAAAUUUUAUUUAAAUUCGAGCAAUGGACGAUUGGAGUAGUAGUAGUAGCAGCAAAAUGAUUUAUCAGGAACAUUUAAAGAUACAACAUCAGUAUGUUGCGAAAAAUGAUACAAUUUUAAAUAGAAUAUCAGGAAAAUGUGAUGUUAAUGUUAGUACAUUAAAAUUAGGAAUGCUCGUUGAAUCAGUUGGCAAAGAAUUGGAUAUAAUUCGAAUUCGAAUUAAAGAUCCACCUGAACGUAUUUGGUCCAAUACUGAAUGGAAAUGUCAUAUUCAUGAUCUUAUUAUUGUAUCGAAAAAAAUAUGGCAUUAUUUAGCUGCAGUUUCUGAUUAUAAUGAAAGAGUGAAAAUAGCAAAUAAUAAACAAUUGUGCGAAGAUAUUGAAAAUAUUCGUGAAAAUGAUAAAGUUUGGUAUACACCAAAUGGAAGUUCAACUGUCGAAUUAAUGGCUGUCAAUUUUAUUGGACCGGUACCUGAAUCAGGAAAUGGAGUUUAUUUUGGUCUUGAAUCAUUGGAAAGUAGAGAUUUACUCAAUGGAUUUAGUGUUAAAUUUGCAGCAGUAAACAGUAUUACACCUUGUAAUCAAGAAACUUUAGACACAACAAGAAGUAUUGAAAAAGGUUAUUUGCAUAAUGACAUUGUCAUGUCAAAACGAGAUUAUCACAACAGUGGCAACAGCCGUAACAAUGAUUGCAUGAAAAUUAGACAAGAAACAAAUGAUUCAUUUUUCGAUAAAUAUGGAUUUGAUGAUAGCGCUAACAAUAAUCGAGAACUUAUAUCUUUUUCCAAAGAUGUAUCCUUGGCUAAUACAAUGCAGUCCUUAGGGAAAAUGUCUACAAGUGAUAAUGGAAAAGGAAGCAGAAAUUCUGAGGAUUUUAAUUUAUUACAUUUUGAUGAUGAAACUGAAAUAGAAGAAAACAAUAAACAUGGAUUAGUUUCGGAUACGGGAAAUUUGUGCAUUGGAUCGAAUGUUAAAGUGCUUUUGGAUAAAGAAACACGUUCUGGUGUUGUUAGAUGGAUUGGCACGCCACGAGGUCUUCCUCCUGGAAAAACCAUGGCAGCUGUUGAAUUGGAUGAUGAUCAUCAUUUAGGAACAGAUGGAAUUUACAAAGAUGAAAGAUAUUUUGAGUGUCGACCGCAAAGAGCCUUUUUUACAGAUAUUAAAAAAUGUCAUCAAUUCGAUAUUCCUGUCGAUAGUCAAAAAUCAAGAAUAAAUAUUGAUAAUUUUGGAAAUAUGGAAAGCUCUGUAGUUGUUGGAAUGGUGCGUCCAAUUUCAGUCAAAGGUGAUUUGGAGAAAAUUUGUGGUAAAAAUCGAGGUAUUCAAGGCCAUCACAAUUCAUGUUAUUUGGAUGCAACACUUUUUAGCAUGUUUACAUUUACCAGUGUUUUUGAUAAUCUUUUAUUCAGACCGCGAAAUGAUAAAGAUUGCGUUCAAUAUGAAGAAGUUCAAAGAGUGCUUCGUGAGGAAAUUGUAAAUCCAUUGAGAAAACAUUUUUACGUAAGAGCUGAUCGUGUUAUGAAAUUAAGAACAUUACUUGAAAAAUUAUCAUCAAUUUCAGGGCUUACCAGCGAAGAGAAAGAUCCAGAAGAAUUUUUAACAUCUUUAGUGGCUCAAAUCUUAAAUGCAGAGCCUUUUCUAAAAUUAAGUUCCGGACAAGAGGCAUAUCACUAUCAACUUUUUGUGGAAAAAGACGAACAACUUAGUUUGCCAACAGUGCAACAAUUACUUGAACAAAGUUUUUUAACUAGUAAUAUAAGACUGAAAGAAGUUCCUUCAUGUCUGAUCAUACAAAUGCCUCGUUUUGGAAAAUCUUUUAAAAUGUAUCCAAAAAUCCAACCCACGUUACUGUUGGACGUGACCGAUAUAAUAGAAGAUUCUCCUAGACAAUGUACAGUUUGUUCAAAAUUGGCAGUUUACGAGUGCAAACAAUGUUACGGUGAAUGUGGAGAGGGUCUCGAGAGUAUAGCAUUUUGCACCGAAUGUUUGGAAACGGCUCAUCGACACGAAAGGAGAAUAAAUCACAAACCAAAAGAACUUACAGUUCCAAUGGAUUACACAGCUCUUCAAGAACAUUGUCCUGUGCCUCGAUUAUAUCUGGAAUUAUUUGCCGUUGUUUGUAUUGAAACUUCACAUUACGUUUCGUUUGUAAAAUGUGGACCUGGUUCAGAAGCUCCAUGGUGCUUCUUUGAUUCCAUGGCCGAUCGAAAGGGAGAACAAAAUGGUUACAAUAUUCCCGAGAUGGUUCCUUGUCCCGACUUUCCACAUUGGUUGAGUGAGGAAGGAGCUAAUAAAUUGUCAAAAGUAACUGACGAUCGUCAAUUACCAGAGCAUGCAAAACGAUUAUUUUGUGAUGCAUAUAUGUGUAUGUACCAGUCGCCAGAUGUUAUGAUGUAUAAAUAAAAACUUAAUUGAACAACGCAAUAGGUAAGUUAGAUUAAUUUUUUUUUUUAGUUUAAUAUUUUAAUUCUUACAUUAACCUGCAUCGAUUUUAAAAAAAUCGGUCAGAUUGGGCACAAAGAGAAUGAUGUAUAACACAAUAAAUUUGUAAGAUAACUUUUAAGUAAAGUGUUUCUUUUUUUUU